CGACUUCAAAUCUAUUCCUAUUAUUGAUGUAAGCCCACUUUUGGACAAAUGGGAUCAUCCAAACAUUUCUCAAGAUCAGGGUGCGGCUGAAGUAAUUAAACAGUUAGAUCAAGCUUGUAGAGAAGCUGGAUUCUUUUAUGUGAAGGGCCAUGGCAUUCCUGAUUCUCUUAUGCAAGAAGUUAGACAUAUAUCACAUGUUUUCUUUGAUCAACCACAUGACACAAAACUCAAGAUUAAGCUCUCUACAGCAACCGGAUACAGAGGGUAUCAGUGGGUUGGACAAAAUAUAACCAAAGGCGUGCCUGACAUGCAUGAAGCUAUUGAUUGCUACAAAGAAGUGAAAGAUGGAAUGUACGGAGGUCUUGGAGAAGUUAUGAAAGGAUCUAACAAAUGGCCUGGUAACCCCCCAGAUUUUGAAAGACUGAUGGAGGAAUACAUCAACUUUUGUACAGAUCUAUCAAGAAAGAUAAUGAGGGGAAUUGCUCUAGCAUUGGGCGGAUCAGUCGAUGAAAUUGAAAGGGAAAGAGCUGGAGACCCAUUUUGGGUUCUACGCAUUAUAGGUUAUCCUGGGGCAUCUUCCUCGAGUGGCCAGGAUGUACAAAAAAAUGAUAUUGGAUGCGGGGCUCAUACAGACUAUGGACUAUUAACACUAGUUAAUCAGGAUGACGAUAUUACCGCCCUUCAGGUAAAAAACCGAUCUGGUGAGUGGAUAUCAGCACCACCAAUCCCUGGCACAUUUGUUUGCAAUAUUGGCGAUAUGCUACAGAUCUUGUCAAAUGGACUGUAUGAAUCCACCUUGCACCGAGUCAUGAACAAGUCUCUAAAAUACCGUGUUUCUGUGGCCUACUUUUACGAGCCAAAUUUCGAUGCAUUAAUAGAGCCACUGGAAGUGUGUAAGCAGCAGACUGGUGGGCUGAGAAACUUUGAAGGAGCUGUUUAUGGAAAGCAUUUAGUUGAUAAAGUCACAACCAACUUUGUGGCGUAAUUUUAGUUUUUUCGUACUUCUAAUGGAGAUGGGUGCUCUGAAAGCUAAGUCCUUCUAAUGGAGAUGGGUGCUCUGAAGUCUGAAAUUUGAGUUGGACUAGUUUAUUUUCAAGCUUCGUACAGUCCCUACUUAUUGAUGCAUUAAUUGAAUGAUACCUGGCGACCUUUGGAUCUUUCGAUGAAAGUAUCAGAACUACAAUAUUACUCCGUACCUAUGAAUUGAGGAUUGACAUACUCCGUAUGAAACUUAUCAAUUUAUUGCAUGUUGAAUGAUUGAAAACUUAUCAAUUUAUGGCAGGUUGAAUGAUUAAAAAGUAUCAACUCAAUAACUCAAUUUGUGAGAUGCACUUUUCUGUAGAGAUGAGAAAAUAACUCGGAAUAGCUGGUCAUCAACCGGUCGGGGACCAAUGAAUGAAGAUGAGGUGCAAAGGUUGGAUUAUUCAUGAAUAACGAAAAGGUCGGACUAUUAAAAGAAGACCGCUAAAAGGUUGGAUUAUUAGUUUCCAUUUUCCCUUCAUUUUAUCGUUUCUUAUUUCAUUCUUACUUUUCUUUUUCUUAUUAUCUUUCUUCUAUUUUUGACAUUGAUAUCAUGGAUCGAUUCAUGUUAGUCAAUCCCAACUUUUUUAUUAUUAUUAAGGCAUAAUGUUGUUAUUGUUGUUUUUUGGAGGUUAGAAUUAUAAAGUAAUCACUUUAUUGUUUAUUUUCUUAAAAUACACUAGGACAUAUAGAUGCGUAUGUACGGAGUAUAUUAUAAUGGACGGAGGUAGUAUGAAUUUGGGUAGUAUGAAUUUGGUUUUGUUUUUUAACAGUAUUUGGAGUAAAUUCUUCCCUGAACUCAAUAAUCAAUAUGUUACCCGAAUACCCGUGAAGGAAUAUUGAUUAAAACUUAACACAAGAAUGAUUAAGAAUUAAAGGGAAAUUUAUGUGGUAACCCCUUGGCCCGGGGUAUCCCCUAGACCCAUACUACUUACACUUUAUUCUUAUGUCUCAUUUGCUUUUGCACGUAAACUAAAACAAUUAUUGUACACUUUAUAAAACACUCCUUUCGUCCAAACUGAAUUUCAAAAAUGACUUUUUGGGUCAAACGGACUCAUUGUAAUCACUUAAUUAAGAUAUAAUGCUUAAUUAAAUUUUAAUUUAGAUUUUGUAAUUUUAUAAAGAUUUUAAUGUAGCUUCUGAAUAUGUAAUUUUUUAAUUAUUAAAAUUGAAUUAAUUAUGAACAUGGAGGAUUUAAUUUUAACAUUCGUUGACCAAAAAAUGUUGACUUUGCAAAAUAAUUAGACAAAGGUAGUAAGAGGUUAGCUGUUUUUAGGAUGAGUUUCUUCCAAAAAAAUGAAAAUGAGACAAUUAACUUGAUGCAUCCCAAAAAGAAAAGUAAGACAAAUAAAGUGAUACUGAGGGAGUAUGAGAGAACCUAUAUGUAAUUACGGCUUUGUUUGCAACCACUUGUGGUUAAAUAAAUUUUUUUUGGGAAAACGUGAUUAGUAGUAAAAGUUGGUAGUGUUUGGUAAAAUAAGUGCUUUUUGUGUAAUAGAAAAGGUAAAAAGUAGAUUCUACACGAAAACCAAGAUAGUAAAAGUUGGUAGUGUUUGGAAAAAUAAGUACUUUUUUCUUAUAAAAAAAGCCAAAAGCACUUAUCAACAGAUUGCAAACAGAGCCUACAUACCUCAACUAUUUGUACAUAAAGAUAUAUUUGUUCUAAUUUUACAAUUUUAUGUUUAAUUGGUCCAAAUGAAAGUUGAAUAGUAUAUUCAUUAUCUAAAUACAAUUGGAGAGAGUAUUUGCAUUACCGAAUUGGAAAUAGCUCUUCCAAAUUCGUCAGAGGUUUCUCAUAAACGUGAAUGAUGAGCUAAAAAAUCAGUAAGUUUAAAACAUUCUUUCCAAGUCAAAUUUGUUAAAAUGAAAAUUCUAAAAAUACCCAACUAAUUUAAGAACUGCAUAUUGAAAAAGAAAAGCAUUUAUUUAUUUUAGAUGUUUUUUUGGUGUUUUUAAACUUAAUAAAAUUGUUAGAAGAUGCACCAGCGCAACGAUUCCUUACAUAUACACUUGUAAUAAAUCUUGUUUCAUUUAUAAGUAUUUUAAUUGUCAGUAGCUGAAGGGGGUGAAUUAUUUCGAUUUUGAAGAAAAUAUCGGUUAAUUGGCAAAAAAAAACAAUGGGACUUUUUGACAAUUCUCUAUAUCUACAAGCAAAAAAAUACAAUGGGACUUUUUGACAAUUCUGAUCUCUAUAUUUACAAGAUUGUUUAUGAUGGAGUGACUGUGACUUUUCAAAGUUACCAUGUUGAAAUGACUAUAAUGUAAACAUUGAACAUAAUUAUACUUACUAAAAGUUACUAAAUCACAUUUUUAUUUGUAACUUUUUUAUUAGUAAUAUUUUAGAAAGAUCUCUGUAUACAUUUCACUUAUUUAGAGAAAAUUAAUACACGUAUGACUAAAAGCAACACGGUUUCCGGAUGUAUGAUUUGGGUAGUUUUUCCCUAAAAUUAAAUGAUGCAUAAAUGACAUGCCAUCUUGUAAAUGUAACCGUUGCAAUAAAAUACCCAGUAUAUGGUAAGCAUGUACAUCCUUUGCUAGUCAUAUAAUCAUAAAUAAACUUUUUAAGUCAUAUUAUGGGAAACUGGACAUGUUUUGUUUUUCCCGUAAAUGAGAAUUUUUCACCAUCAUUUAUUAGAAAUUGUCCUAAAUAUGAGUAAACGUUUUGAAAUUCGAAAAAUAAGACUUUCAUGUUUUUAUUCCCUAAAUAGGAGCGAUUCUGUCAAGUUUGGGGGGAAAUGUCGUGUUUAAAGCCUAGGAUAAUACCAAACUUGGUAGAAUUUUACUCCUACUCGGGGAAUAAAAAACAUGAUAAUUCUAUUUUGGAAUUUCAAAACUUUUUUACUUCAAUUUAGGGAAUUAUCUUUUCAUUUAUUCAGAAAUAAUUUAGAAUUGGGACAGUGCGUUUUUAUGGUGGGUAGAAUGCGUUAAAAAGUGGUAAUUAGAGUAUUUAAAUCAGCAAAAGUUGAUAAAAAAAAACAAGAGUGAGUGUCUAAAUUCCAAAAAUAUGAUUAAAAAGUUGUGAUUGGAGAAAAAUGCCCUUUUAAGGUCAUCAAGGAGAUCGAGCCGCCGCCAGGCCACCACCGACCAUCGCCGGACCUCCUUCUUUGCCGUUGCUACGGACAGCUCCACCGAGCAGUUUCCACUCUCCAGUCUCCACUAUACCAUAUCUAGUGGGAUUAGUAAACACUAGACACAUAUAACACAUUAAGGCGAAACCCUAAGGGAAUGAUAUACGUACUCAAAACCCUAGCCCUAAAAUGUAAGGAGUAAAAAGUCAUUGGAGCUAGCACCUAAAUUUAGAAUCAUGGACUAAAACCUUUACAAAGUGUUCAAAUAGGAUCAAUUAUAUACGAUAGUAUUUUUAUUCUUCAAAUAUGGUUUAUUAUUUGAUCGUAUUUAAAGUAUAAAACUUCUCUAGUUAGAUGUAAAUGAGUCCUAUUUUAAGAAGAAAAAUAAUGGUGAUCCUAUUUGUGCAAUUAAUUUAUAUUUUAAUCUCAUUUAAUGAAUUCUCACAAAUAUGUACUCAUACUUUGACACUUUUAUAAUGAAUAAAAUUCACUUUUGAUCCUAUGAGUAUCGCACCAAUUCCAUAGAUAGUUCAAGUCUUCGACAUGAGCCACUUUGGGUAUAUGACUCUUAAGUUUUCGCCCAUACAUGGUCUUUCCGCUGAUAUUUCCGGUGGUUAAAAUCGCCGGACGACCACAAAUAGUCAAGAAUCAUUAAUCAAGUAGGAAAACAAGGUGAAAUACGUGAAUUAAAUGUGAAAUUUGCAUAAAUUUCAUACUAUAGGAAGUGAGAUUUAUACCUUUUACUUCUUAUAAUAUAGGAUCCGAGUAUAAUUUGCUUCUAUUUGGGGCAAUUUGUUUAUUCAAAUUAUACUUUAUUGUACAGCUUCCAUAGCCAGAUAGCAACCACCCCUAAGGCAGGCCGCAAGUACCAUGCAGCCACCACCACAAAUGCUGGCCGUUGGAAAGUCUCUGCCGAACCUCUAGCUACCAUCACAAAGUCGCCGACAACCGUUGGGCAGCUACCAGUAAGCCCUUAUAUAUUAAGGUGGUUGGCGAGCCCUAACCGGCUAACCCUAGCUAUAAAUGCUAAACCUAAACCAUCCUAUGUCCCUAAACAAUAACGCUAAAGUAGUUUAGGCUAAAGUUAUCUCUUUGGAAAAGUCUUAAUUGCUUAAGGAUCGAAUAAAUAAAGCCCACCCUGUCCUAGCUAGACUCCUAGCUAGCUAUGUUUUGAAACAUGAACGUAACAUGGUAGCAAGGUUUUAAAAGUAAAAAAUGAUGUUUGUACCCACUCUUAUACACACCUAUGUUUGUGAAGUGUUUUUUUGUCCGUAAACCUCGGUUCAUAAACAAUAUUUUGUACAAACAAAAUAUUGUCCGUGAAUCGGAUUCACAGAAGAAAAAAAACUCUUCACAAACAUGGUGGGUAUAAGGUGGGUAUAAGAGUGGGUAGGUACAUCAAGCAUUGUUGUUUAAUAGUAGUUCUCCUAGAAAUGGUUCAAUAUAGAAUUAAAACUUACACAAAGUUUAAUAAUACGACUAAGUACAUAGUAGGGAGUAUGUUUUAUUUCUCAAAUAAGACUUACUACCUCCGUUCUCUUUUAAUUGCAACAUUGGACUUUUUGCACUAUUCACGUAUUCUACUUUGACUAUAUUUUAUUAAUUAAUGUAUUAUAAAUUAAAUUUUUUUAAAAUAUUGUUAAAUUCUUCUCAUUCUAAAUUUUCAAAAUAUGAUUUUUUAAAAAUUUUUACUAAUAAGGAAUGAAAGAUAUUAAUGAUCAAACUUGUGCAUUGACAAACGUGAAAUGUUGACUGUUACAAUUAAAAAGGAACGGAGGAAGUAUUUAAUUCUAUUUAGAAUAAGUUGAUUAAAAUUUCCCGGAGUAAACAACAUCCGUUUAGAGAAUUUUCUCUAGUUCUUUAAUAGUCAGUCAAACAUCAUAAACUCAAAAUCAAAUGAAAUGGGAGGAGUAGUGUACAAAGAAACACAUCAAAGAACUGAACAAGACAGUAAAUUAGAAAUGAUGAUGAUGAUGUUCUUGCAUACUUCGUAUGUCGGCAGCCGGUAGGGCUUCAGCAAAAUCUUGGAGGAAAGAUCAGAAGAUGAAUAAUAUAAUGGCAAACAAACACCGAUAAGAAGCUAUGAUCACGUACUUGUAUGAUGCAUGAAUGUCAACUAUAAGCUCGAUCACCAUGCAGAUCGAUUCACAUAUAUAAUAUAUAUUACCUCCCUCCCAAAAAAAUGUUCCUCAUAUUGAUAUUCUUAGUCAAUGAUGACAAACAUUGGACAAUGAUUUUGAUUAUUAUAUUUGUAUAUGAUUUAUAAAGUUUAUACUUUAAUGAAAAUAUUUUGAAUAAGAAACAUUUUAAUAUAAUUUCGUAUUAAAAAAUAUCAUUAGUCAAAGUUGAUUAUCAAUUUGACGAACCUUUUUCCGGACGGAGGGAGCCAGGAGUAUAUAUAUCAAUGGUGCCUGUGUACACUAUUGAGGGCUUUAUAAGUUCUUGAGGACUUCCUCUUGGACUUGCGGGGACGAAGACGAUGAUCGGCCACCGCCUCCACCGCCUCUUCCGCCACCAUUUUCGGAACUUCGACAAUCUCGCAAGGCACUUGCAGCAUGGAUCUCGGGUCGGGGCAUUUCCUGGGCUGCACAAAGAACCUCUUACACUCCUCUGCACUUCUCUGGUUCGGAAGAUCCAAAAUGCAGUUAUUCUGUACAUCAAGGACCUUCUUCUCCAGCAACAGCCUGCAUUCUGGUCCGAUCUGUGUGAAGUAGUUCCCGCUCAGGAUCAGCUCCUCCAGACCCUUCACCUUGCACAGAGAUUCUGGAACCGUCCCAUAAUGCUCAUUGCUUUUCAGGUUCAGAAUCUUCAGAUUCUUGAGACAUCCCAAGGAUUGAGGAAGUGGGCCCCUCAACGUGUUGAUACUGGCGUCGAAAACGCUCACGUUUUUCAGCAGCCCGAUUUCGUAGGGAAGACAGCCCGACAGCUUAUUGUUCAAUAAAAGAAUCUCAGUUAAGGUUGCCGCCGCAUAUCCGAUGCUCUUCGGAAUCGGGCCGGUGAGUUUGUUGUUCGCCAACGACAGGAAAUACGCCGGCGUCUUACCGAGGGUCUCCGGGAUCGAACCGUUGAACCCAUUGUUGUUCAGAAACAGAGCAUCCAGGUCCAACGUGAAUACCCUGUCGGGAAUGGGCCCCACCAGGGAGUUGUACCGGAGAUCCAAGAAUGUCAAGUUGGUGGCCUCAAGAAGGGCGGCGGGGAACUCUCCGGCGAGCUUGUUGUUGCUCAAAUCCAGCUCGAACAGGGUGGGGAGAGCGGCGGUGGAAACCGCAAGCGGCGAUUCCCCGGCGGUGAAAUUGUUGGAAUUGACGUGGAUUACGGCCAGGUCCGGCAGAGAGUCAAUGAACCCGUUCAGGGAGAGGUGGGUCCCGUCGAGGUUGAACCCGUUGAAGUUGAUCCCGCCGACUCUCAGCCGUGUACUGCCGUCAGGGGAGUAGCAGUGGAACCCUUUGUAGGUCUCUGAGUUGAAGCAGAGCUCGUCGCCGGUCCAGGUUUUGGUGAACCCGUUCGGGUCAUUUGUGAUUAGCUGCUUGAAUUGGGAUAUGGCUGUGAUGGACUUUCUGAUCACCGGAUCCAACGGCGGUAACAUACAGCCGCAUUUAGCGUUGUAUGUAGAGGUGGGGGUUUCCGAUGGUCCUCCGUCGCCGAGAGUGACUUCUGAUGAGGAUUGUGCUGGGGCUGAAGGAGAAGUGGCCGAAGAAGAAGUGACUUGGUGAAGGAGAGGAAGAAGGGAGAAGAAGAGUAUGAAGAAAAAGAGAUGAGAGGAUGAAAAUGCUGCAAAUGAGAUGUGUUUGCAGGCCAUUCUCGUGUCUUGUAUUUAGCUCCGGCCUAGCUCCAGUCUUUUUUCCUGAACGCAAGUUGAAUAGAGUGGAGGACCAAUGCAUUUAUACGAGACUUUUCAUUUAGAGAAUACGGAG